AUGGCCCCCACUUUCCCUAGGAGUAGGUCACUCCUCACCACUCAAAGGAGGCUCUCCACGCAAGAACCUCACAGGCCUCUUCUUUCGAGCCAAGGGAAGGAGAAGACAACACGCAGAGAAGGAGGAAGACUUCCAAGGCCAGACGCUCCAGCUCGACCACCGGACUCGAUCGAGUCCAAACAGAGGAAACUCAACUCGAUCGAGCUGAGGGUCGAGCUGACCUGGAGGAGCCCCUGUUUGAGAACCCUGGAUUCGAGUACGAUCCAACGCAGUACCAGGACUUCUCCCAGACCAACUGGACCCCCUACAACAGCUUCGAGCAAGCACAGCUCCUCCAAGGCCAAGGGAGCCACACACACUUUGAAGAUGAAGAAGAAGAAGAGGAGGAGCCGCAAGCUCGACCGAGUGAGGCAAUCCCAGUUGCAUGGAGCGCUCCUGAUGGCCGUCUACCAUCACCAGACCGCGACCUAG